CAUCAUCUGGAUCGGUUUCCACUGAACCCCGUUUCCGAUCGUUGUUUGCCCGGGAUGCUUGACAACAAUUCAGUUCACCGACUAGCCGAUCCGAAUCGAUUCGGCGUUUUGGACACAUCCACCACACCGUUGAAGCGUCUGCGACACACGUGA